GCGCCGUACCACUAAUGGGUUUAGUUACUCGUGGUCUCUUGCAGGCUCGCGCAGAGUCUGACGCGGGCUAACUACAUAGCUAGGCGAUACACGCCCUGCGUUGCAUCUUCUGGUGCCUCCGAGGUUCGGGAGAGGGUGCAGAGGUUAUCUUCAGCCCUUCCUUCUACACUCGGUAUCUGGGUUUAAGAUCUAAUCUCUACUGGACUGAAGACUGUGGUUCAGACGAGAGUGUCAUCUCCCUGGACCUCACCACUCUCCAGGAGUCUGUCAUUGUCACUACAGAUGCAAACUCUUUCUACAGUGAUGUCACCUUUUAUGAGGACACCGUCUAUUGGACGGCACUGGGACGUGUCAACUCAGCACCAGCCACUGCAGACAGUAUUAUAGUGCAACAGAACUGCUCCACAUUUCAAGCAUUUGAACAAGUUUCAGAGGAAUAGUGGUGGUCCAGCCCACCCUGACCUUCAACCAUGGUCAUUGGUCUAAUUGUCAUACUUCAGUAAUAAACACACUUGUGCCGUCAUAAUAUUAUAGGAUAUCAAAUUCUGAGGGUAGAUGCAUAAUAAUAAGCACUAAGCAAAACAACAAACGUUACAGUAGUAGCUACCCUUGUUUCCAUCUGAUGUAAAUUCCUUAAACAUGUCCUAAAUAGGUUGUAUGUAUUGUUAUUGAAAGUGCAAGGGUUAAUUCUGUUCAUGGGUUAGCUACAACAUUGGUCUGGACAAAUAAUAUGUGCAAUGAUGAAACACUGCUGCCUAGAUACUAAUACCACGAAACAAUUUGCUCUAUAAUGGCUGUGGUGGACAUGUAGCAAUUGUUCCUACAGGUUAUGGUGAGUCAUCUCGAUAACGAGUGCCAAUGUAGUGAACGCGCCCAUGGCAUAUCAAUAUACAGUGUAUGGCUGUAUUAGCCCCUUUAAACACCUAAGAAUGCAUUUAGCUCCUCUAAUAAUGGUUUGUAAAAGCCGGAGUCUUGUUACCUAUCUAUACUGGCAGCUGGCUCAUUGCAACAACCCAGUCUAGAGUGCACAUUCAUUGGGGACUAACACUACUGCUGAACUAAACUUUCUCAUACCACAAUUAAUUAUUGAGACAUUUCCUCAAUGCUUGGUUAAUGAUGGGCAUUAACCCUUGAAUUAUGGUGAAUAGCCCAUGAAGUCCCCAGUCAAUAGAAUAGGAGUGCACAUUCAUUGGGGACUAACACUACUGCUGAACUAAACAUUCUCAUACCACAAUUGAUUAACCAUUUCCUCAAUGCGUGGUUAAUGACGGCAAUCAACCCUUGAAUUAUGGUGAAUAGCCCAUGAAGUAUCCAGUAAAUAGAAUAGGAGUGCACAUUCAUUGGAAACUAAACACUACUGCUGAACUAAACUUUCUCAUACCACAAUUGAUUAUUGAGACCAUUUCCUCAAUGCAUGGUUAAUGAUGGGAAUCAACUCUUGAAUUAUGGUGAAUAUUCCAUGAAGUACCCAGUAAAUAGAAUAGGAAAAGGCGCUCUCAACAUAAUAAUAGUGACCUCAUAUGCUCAUUUAAGUCUGUUAACACUGCACACUUCAACGCUUAUGAACUUAAAGUGUUGUUAAUGUUGUUAGUUUUGUUUAACAUUACCUAAUCAUUAGCAAUGCAUGUUCUUUAAGUGAUUUCCUUAAUGUAUUGGCUAUCUACUUCCAUCUCCCACCUCUAGCAAUGAAAUUGCUCCAACAUCCUCCCUUCAUCCUAUUACACAGUCACCAUCUCCAUUAAUGUCCAGCAUAAUCAUCCACACCUCCUCACACCACUUUUCGAUCUAGUUAUUUGCAGUCGCAACCAUCUCCGUCUCCCAUGUCCAGUGAGGAUGAGUCCUCUGCCUCAUUUGAAAUUGUUGUCCCGCUGGCAGCUGGUUUGACAGUCACUGCUACUAUAAUUGCUCUAGUGCUACUUGUGACUAUUACAUUUGGUGUCGUCUUCUUUAUAAAGAAGUCUAAGAACAAGUCUAAACGAGAGUCUACCACUCUUAGUUCGGGAGACAUUACCACUAGUCCAAAUACUGUGUACAAAGCAUUUGAAAAGUACACAAGUGAUAAAGCUACUGCAGAGGUCAAUGAUGAUGAUUAUGAGAAGAUGGAUCCUGCUGAAACAGCCGUGACAACUGAAAAUAACGAUCAACAGCUGUACGAAGAGAUUGACGAGUCAGUCAUCUUCAACAGCAACGAUUCUCAAUAUGACAACUAAAGCUUUGCAGAAAGCUGUCAACUUUAAUACUUGAGUUUAUACUUGUAAUAACCUAAACUGCAGUAGAUGCUAUUUUUGUCCACGUUUGUGGUGACUCAUUGAAUAUUAUUACAUGGCUCAGCUAGUUAAGAUAAUAAUGUCUAAUGCAUAUCAAUACAUGAAUUACUUAUGGUUUCCCCAUCUCAAGGCAGGGGUAAAUAGCUAGUCUGGCGUAGCCUGCCUAUUUUUUCACGGGGAAUAUUAAUAAUAGAAAAUGGAAAUUCCGUUGCGUUGGCUCAAACACUCUCUUACUCAUUCUGAGCUGGCAGUUUAUCAUUCAGUGCUCCCUGAGUUUCACAAUGACACGUUUGAACUUGAUUGUUGAACCUGAGGAAAC